AUGAAGAUGACAGAGGUCCCAGGGGCCUUAAGCUGCUUUGUUCUUAAGAAUUUUAACUCAGAGAUAAAGAAGAUAGUUCUUCAAAGAGGAGUUAUUGAUGUCAUCAAAGAAUCCGUGAAAGAAAUUGUUGUACUUCCUUUGGGAAGAAAACAGUUUUCAAAACUUCUGUUCAAAACAAAAGAAGAUAAAUGUUAUGAAGAAUGGACAAACCAGUUUGAUGACAAGCAGAUGAUUCGACUUCAAGAUACAAAGAUGAAGAUUGUUUCCACCAACAAGACAAAUAUGAAUUUCACGAUGAAUUUUAUAGCUUUGUUGAUCAACUCGUUGAUAGAAUCAAGCUCUUUAGGAAAAGCAAACACCAACCCAUUGGACUACAUAAUAAGCAAGACGAAAAUAAAAAACAUCGACUGGUGUGCUUAUCUGAUAGACAGUUUGGUUAAAAACAAAGUCUUUUGA